GGAGCAUCCUCCAGGCAUCAUGGCUUUGUUAACUGAUGCUGAUAAGAAAAAUAUCCAACACAUCUGGGCAAAGUUAUUUGAGAAUCCAGAAGAGAAUGGCAAAACAAUUGUGAUCAGACUCUUCACAGAUUAUCCUGAGACAAAAGCAUACUUCAAGACCAUCCCGACCGAAGGCAACCUGCAGGAGGAUCCGCUGGUGCGUUUCCAUGGCCGGAGAGUCAUGGUUGCCCUCAACCAGGUGGCUGAAAACCUGGACAACUGGAAGCAGGCCUGCAGGAUUCUGGACCGUCUAGCAGUCAAGCACAAGAAUGUGCACCAAGUGCCAUCAGUGAAUUUCCAGAGCAUGUUUCAGGUGAUCCUGAGUGUCUGCAAAGAACUCCUGGGAAAUGAAUUCAGCACUGAGGUGUCCCUCUCCUGGGAGAAGCUCUUCAGUCUGCUCUCUGAACAAAUAAAUGCAUCUUACAUGAGCACUUCCAAGUCCUGAAGUGGCCACAGUCACUCUAUAGCUAUUGAAGAGAGGAGACUGGUUCUGUUCAUGUUGUUAUAUGUUGUUAUAUAUAUAUAGUUCUAGAUCUGAUGGAAUAA